CGUGGCGGGGCCCGCCACUCCCCGCGGGGGCACCGCCCACUCCCCCCCUCCGCCCCGCCCGGCCCUGAGGGAGGGAGGGAGGGCAGGGGGGCGGGGCGGGCGCGGGUGGGCGGGGCCGGCCGGUGGCACAAAGGCGCGCGCCGGCGGUGGCGGGGAGGGGAGGGGGGGAGCGAGGGGGAUCGCGGCUUCCCGCCUUCGGCUCGCGCCGCUCGGCCGUCGUGAGGAGACGGGCCCCGGCCCCGGGCUCUCGGCGUCCCCUCAGCCUGCCCGGUGCCUCGGGGCCGGGCCUGAGGGCCAGGGGAAGGCGACGCCCGCCAUGAGCUCGUCGGCGCUGCUGGCUGAAGGUCCCCUCGACCCCCCGGUGCUGCUGGCCGACAUCAAGACGGAGCCCCCCGAGGAGCUGCUGGCCAGCGACUGCGGCCAGCCCCAGGCCGAGCCCGUCGAUCUCUCCCUCAACAAGUCCAAGGUGGCGGCGGUCUCGGCUCCCCCGCCGCCUCCCCCUGCCUCGGUCCAGUCCUCCCCCCUCCUGGUGGCUCCCCCUCUCCCCGCUCCGGCCACCGUCUCCAUCUCGCCCUCCGGCCUCAGCUCCACCUCGGCCAUCCCGGCCGUCCUCUCGCCCGGCUCCAUCCUGGCCUCCACGCAGGGCAGCGGCGGGCAGCAGAUCCUCCACGUCAUCCACACCAUCCCCUCCGUCAACCUGCCCAGCAAGAUGGGCAACCUCCAGACCAUCCCCGUGGUGGUCCAGUCCCUCCCCGUCGUCUACACCACCAUGCCCACCGACGGCGUCACCGCCAUCACCGUACCCCUCAUCGGGGGGGACGGCAAGAACGCCGGGUCCGCUUUUCUUUCCCGCCCCCCACCAGUGAAAAUUGACCCGGGCUCCAUGUACCCCAUGGACAUGAACAGCGACAGCGAGGACAGCGCUUCUGAGAGCGGCCCAGCCCCUUUCCAGGACCUCCAGAGAGAGCGAGAAGCCCUACAAAUGCACCUGGGAAGGCUGCACCUGGAAGUUCGCCCGUUCCGACGAGCUGACCCGGCACUUCCGCAAGCACACGGGCAUCAAGCCCUUCCGCUGCUCGGACUGCGACCGCAGCUUCUCCCGCUCCGACCACCUGGCCCUUCACCGCCGGCGGCACAUUAUGAUGUGAGGAGCCGAAGUCCCUGGGGCACCUGGCUGGGAUGGGGGGGACAGCAGUGGAAAACGGGGGCGCAUCCCCCCCCCUGCUCCUCCGCGUGCGGUGGAGGGACUGUGGGAGCGGAGAGGCCGAGCUCUGCCCGGCACCGAGCAAACCGUGGCCGCUCCAGGAGCCCCACCGGCACAAGAUGUAAAAAAGAUGGUUUCCGGACUGGUUCUCCUCUCUUGCUCCCGUUUCUUCUUUUUCCUGGGCUUCUCCUCCCCACUUGCAACGUCCGGAGGCUCCUCCUUGACUCCUCACCCGUGAUUCACCCAGCAGCGGCCUCCAGACCUGCGCGUCUGCCUCAUCGGCCUCUUGCCCGUCUCCAUCUCAUGUGCUCGCUGUCCCCUGCCCCCCUCCAAGUCCCCGUGGGCAAAAUCUGGGAGCCGUGGAAAGGACAGAGGCGAGGAGGGGGCUCUGCCAUUGCCCCUGUGCAAUAGCUGUUGGCCUCUUUCCUCUCCAGAAAGCUGCUGCCUCUCCAUCCCCAGCCGCUGCGUGUCCCUGUCCCAGCGGGAGAAGGGACCCCGGCACAGCCACCUCUCUCUGCAUCCCUCAGCGUGUGCUGGGCUCCACGGGAGGUGCUGGGGGCACGCAGGAGGGCCAGCAGGAAAAGAAAAAGCAAGAAGGGGUGGGGGGAAAAACCAACAACCCAACACCAACCCACGAACAAGACCACCACCACCA